GCUGAGAAGCGCGGACGCGUCCGAAUCCAGGUCUAACAUCCUGGUACUUGGCUGGGUUGUCAAGGCAGCCUCCUGAGAGCUCGACAGGCGGGCUGCUGCUGCUGCUAGCUGCCGCGUCUCUGCUCAUGUACGCUGCUAGCAGCCGCCCAAAACCUCCACUCUGUCACUGUCACGGAAAGUUAGGUGUCGCUCAAGAAGCCCUCUAUUCUGAUACCAUGUUGGUGGAGCGAUCAGGAGAAAACAACGCACUUCUAAUCUUCCCUUUGAAAUGAUACAGAAGAAAACCAUGGAAACUGGGGCGCUGCAGGACUGGGGGAAGUCUUUCAAUAUUUUUGGAUAAGCACCGAUGCAGUGCAAGGUUUCAAUAUAUUGUCAACGAUGAAAGGUAAGAGUCGUUCCCAUCGGUACCGGCCUGCCUCAGAGUAUGAUGAUGCCACACUUGCCCAAAAGAGAGAGUACUGGAGAAACAAGAAACGAGAGCAAAGAGCUCGGCGAUCGGAAAGAGCAGGAGUCCAGAGAGGAGACAGUUGUGGAAAUAUCAGUGAUCCUCCAACUGUAAACUCUCUGUGUACAGAUGAUCCGUCACGCAAAAUCAGCAAUGUGUAUGCACUUCGUCAAAAGGAAAUAAAAGUUGAAGACUUAACAGAGGAAGUAGGUGAAGUACAAAAUGAGAAGUGGUUUGAGAACUCACCUCAGGUGCCAUCGUCAUGUUUCAUCUCAGCUACAGUAUCGGCGUCAGCCAGAGUUCCUGAGAGCGGAACCUUUGCCUCACUUACAACCAAUAGAACCCAACUCUACAACAGCUCCUUGGUGCCUGCUGUCCGAAAUGGCAGAGUUAGAAAUGGCAGCUCUUCUAGAAUUAAACCUCAGCCUUGUGUUUCUAUGCAACAGAUGUCAGUCUCUGAAUCACAAAAAGCACAAGACGCACUUCAAGCGAAGCAAACUGUGAAUUCAUGUACAACUCUUAAUUUCUCUCAAUGUGGAUCAAAUGCUGUCAAAACAAGGGACAAAACAGUUCCUCAAAUUGGUACAAAAUCUCUUUUGGGACGUACUCAAAGAAGCAGAUGUGUAGUCAACUCACAAAGUUUGCUGGUGUCAGAGGAGGAGAAGGCAGCGAGGCGCAGAGAGCAGUGGAGAAUCAAAAAGAGGGAGCAGAGAGCAAAGCUGGCUGCAAGGCUAGGUAAGACCACGCUGAAGACGCAGAGAACAGAUGUGAAUUCAGGGGGCAGAGCUGCACAAAAUUCAGCCCUUAAUGAAAACAGACUUCCGUCUCAUCUCCCACCAAAGACGUUUUUUAAUGGAGUGGGCCAGAAACAGUGGAAUCGAGUUAAAACUGUGGCCAAAAGGGAAAACCAAAAACUUCAAAUUGGGUGUUCCUUUGGUCAACAGAUGGGCCGAUCUCCAACUCAUGCUGCUGUGCCCACUUCUUGUCGAGGGAGAGCCAGAUGCAAAACACCCAGACAUCGACAUAACGAAGCUCAGAAAGUGGUGAAUCCAAGAAAUGCAAGAGGAAAACUCUCCCUAGUUUCUGGAUUUGGCUCCCGAAAUGUUCCCAAAAUUGAUCCCAAUGACAGCCUUGAGCAGAUCAUAGCCAAGCGAAGAGAGUACUGGCGGAUUAAGAAAAGGGAGCAGCGGGCAAAGAUGUCCAUGGAAGCGAAGGCUCGGCUGGCAGAGAGGGACUCCUUUAUGCGCAGAGUGAAGCGCUAUCAGUCAAUCUUGGAGGAGAUCAGGAGAUCGAGAAAUUUAAGCCAUAUAUCGGAAAGUCCUCUAACUUCUGCUUCAGAGACCAUUGGAGGUUUUAUCAAGGAAGAUGGUACAAUGACUUUCAACAUUUCUCAGAGUUCAGAGUUCUUAAGUGAAGAAAAGCAAUGUGGUGUAUCAAAAAAUACGACUGUUUCUCAACCACCUCCUGACACAAAAUGGAGAACCGCUACGCCCAUUUCUGAGAAGCCGGCUUCCCAGUCACCACGGUUACCCAGAGUGAAAAUCUCUGUUCCACUGUCUGGAGCAUUGGCCCCCAAGCCAUCGGGACUGCUCUCAAUCAAACCAGUGGAUCCCAUUAAAAGCCCAACUGUCCAAGCUGCUGGCCAGCCUUCGCUCACUCAUCCCCUGCAGAUGCACAGUUCUCUUGUCACAGGACCUACUGCCGAGUCUGACCAUGGCGGCUGUGUGAUGAAAAUGGCCGUCUCAAGUAGUGUUCCAUCUUUGUCAAGAGUUUUGUUUGAUCCCAAUUUGACAGAAGAGGAAAGGAUGGCCAAGAAGAGGGAGUACUGGAGGGUGAAAAAGCGCGAACAACGAGCAGCUCGCGCAGCUCGACUUAAGCUGGGUGUUUUUCAUGCAAGAGUCAAUUCAACUAUACAAAGAAGAAAAGCCUCCAGACAAAUAGCAGUAAACACUGGGCUGCUAAACAGGUCAGAAUUAGCCAACAGUCAUUCGAGAAAAGGUACUGCAGAGCUGCAUGUAGGUAAAAUAAAGCAGGAAACUGAGUCUGUAGCAGCUGAUAUCAUCGAUCCCUGCCCUGACCAAGUCAUCCAUUCACUUAUGGAGCCUUCAAACUCAGCACUUCCAGCAGUUGAACCCCCUCAGAUAGAGGUCAACCCAGCACAAGCUGCAGAAAGCCAAAUUACCACUCUGCAAGCAGUGGCCUCCAUGAAGAAGCUCCUGGAGGAAACACUUAGCACUGUGACCGACAGGCAAUCUGUGCAGACUGAGAUCAAAACAGAAGCCGUCGAGGACAUUCCUGAAGAAGACACAAAACCAAAAUUGUCAGAACUGAUUCCUGAACAAGAUUCUCCUGAAAUGACGAGUGACUUGAAGCUACACAUAAAAGCAGAUGCCAGUGAGCCUGAAGUGUCAUCAAGCCCUCUUUGUAAUGAGCUGAGCCAAAAGACUCCCCCGCCGCUGGCGUCAGAUGAAGCUCCACCUUCCACUUGUGACCACGAUGCUCAAACAUCACCCAAUGUCAUCGUUAGCCUGUGCAAGGUGGAAGCUGUUCAGGACCCAGCGUCACACAUCAGGAAUCUGAGACUUCGUCCAAGGAUCACUCAACAUGCGCAGCCUUCACAACAGGCCAUGUCCCAGCAGCAGCUCUCACAGUUGAAACUCUGCAAACAGCAGAAGGGGCAAAACUGGGCCAUGCAGAAGUUAAGCUUGAAGCAGAGCGGCAGGACCAGUCUGCAGGAGAAACGAGAGUACUGGAAGCUGAUGAAGAGACAGCAGAGAGCUCGACUACGGGCCCGGCAGAGGGAGGCACAGAUAGAUGUACAGGAUCCAGCUCUUGAAGCGUUUGACCACUCUGGAGAUGACCCUCUUUUCAAACCAUCCAAUGAUGAGUGGACUGCCAAAAUUCCAGGCGUGGACUCGCCUCUCCCUCUUCCGACUCUAAUCCCACCAGACAACCCCCUUUCAAGCAUGGACCUGCAUCCUAUCGAACCGCUCUGGCCGUCUGCAGUCUCUGGACUCAGUCCUGUAAAACUAUCACACAGCCCUGAAAACAUCAGCCCACUUCCAACAGAAAUGGCACCUUUGAACAAUCUGGUUCCUCCCAAACGAAUCCCUGGUGAGCCUGAGGAAGACUUCAUGAAGAGGAAAAGGGAAUACUGGAGGAUAAAGAAGAAAGAGCAGCGGGCAAGGAAAGCUAAUCGGAUUCAAGCUGUCACAGCUGGGACGACUUCCAACAAGUGGAGACCCAUCCCAGCGGCACAGGACCUGCUGACACAGAGAGCUCUGGCGGUGACGUCUGAACAAGCGGAUAAGGAUUCACAACAGUUGACCAGUGAGUCUUUCGGUGCUGCGCAGGGAUCUUUCACCUUCUGCGACAACACAGCAGCUGCCUCAGCACCGAGUGAGCCUGACCACCACGAGGAUGAGGACUUCAUCUCUGUAGCCUUGUGGAGGAACUGCUACCUCAUGGACUACGACCCGCUGAACCAACUUUUGGUGUGCAUGGUGUGUGGGGAGCUGCAGUACUCUCACAGCCUGGAGGGGGUCAAAGCUCACAUCGACCAGGCGCAUCCUCAGACCAUGGAGCUGGAGGUUUUGGAUCGUCAGCGGCUACUGGAUGCCUGGGAUAAACAGUUGUCACAGAGAGAGCGGUUCUUCACCAGCCAGCUGCAGCAGAAGAGUGCAGCUGUGGCAGACGCAGACUCAAACUGAACCACGAACAGAAAAGAGGACACUACAGACGUGGCGGGAAGACGUCUACUUUUGUAUCAGUCUUAUUUAUGUUUUCGGACAUUAUUGUCGUCGGAGCAGGAAUCACCAUAUGAUUCCGUUGUACCUUUUCUGAGAUCAUCUGAUCUUUCUGAAAGCCAUUUCAUUUAUUCAGCUGUCUCAUCUGAAUAAUGGGAACUAUUACGGUCAAGUCCAAAUAAGGAGUAAAUAAUUUGGUGACCUCUGGCUGCACAAAUGGAGCACCUUGUCUGCGGUAGAUUUGUUACAUUCCACUUACAGUUACACGGCAGAGUUUCCCCAAGUAAGUCUUUUUUUUUUUAACCUUAAUUUUAUUCACUUUACUUGGUACAUUCUGACGCUAAGUUCUCCACAGCUGCUGUACAUAUGCACAACAAUCUGGGAUUUCAGAGGCCAUGGUUUCCGUCUCAUAGGUUCUGUAAAUAUUAUUUACAGACUGAAGUAGUAGCAUGAGUAGCAAACAAUGUCUGGAAUGCAUCUGUUUUCAGUGAUUUUUUUUUUUUACAUUCUGAAGAAAUCGGAACAAACUGUGAUUUUCAUGUUUAGAAAAAAAAAAAAAACUAUUCUCACAGACACGACACACUAGCGAGGAUGCUAAUUUAAGGUCUGAGAAUGUAUUUCUGACUUGUAUAAACGAGGUGUUUGAUAUUCAAUUUCAGUGAAUAAACCUUUUGUACAUUU